UUCUCGGUUUGAAACACACUUUGUUUGCUGUGUGCUCUCAGGGUUUUGAGCCAUUGGAUCCUGGUGAGAAGGGGCCCAAAGUCCACGCUCGUAUCUUGAAGUCCACUGAGUUGCGUAAGAUCAAGCUGCUGGGUCACGGCGUGUUUGGAUCAGUUCAUAAGGGCAUUUGGAUCCCUGAAGGAGACACAGUCAAGCUUCCAGUUGCCAUAAAAACGAUUCAUGAUCGCACUGGGCGGCAGACAUUCUUCGAAAUGACAGAUCACAUGAUGGUGAUGGGAAGCUUGGACCACAUCAAUGUAGUCCGGAUCCUCGGUAUCUGUCCCGGCGCCAACCUGCAGCUCAUCACCCAACUCAACAACCAAGGCUCCCUGCUGGAGCACGUCAGGAACAACAAGAACAAGCUCAGUCCCCAGAGGCUCCUCAACUGGUGUGUGCAGAUCGCGAAGGGUAUGUAUUACCUGGAGGAGAACAGGAUGGUCCACAGGAACCUGGCUGCCAGAAAUGUGCUGUUGAAGAAAAACUACACUGUCCAAAUCUCCGACUACGGCAUUGCCGACCUACUGUACCCUGAUGACAAAAAGUAUUUUUACAAUGAAAUCAAGACACCAAUCAAGUGGAUGGCUUUGGAGAGCAUCCUGUUUCGCAGA